AGUAAGUGUAGCUACUCACAAAAAUGGUGUUCAAUUUCCGCGUUUACAAAAAACAGUCUCCAAAUGGCAAAAUUACCAUGUAUUUGGGCAAGAGGGAUUUUGUGGAUCAUAUUUCGGGAGUAGAACCGAUUGACGGAGUCGUAGUCCUGGACGAAGAUUACAAAGACCGGAAAAUAUUUGGUCAAAUAAUUUGCAGCUUCCGCUAUGGACGUGAAGAGGACGAAGUCAUGGGACUUAAUUUCCAAAAAGACCUUUUCUUGGCUUCCGAGCAAGUUUACCCGCCCCCAGAUAAAGGCGAAGCCACCAAACUACAAGAGCGACUUAUGAGGAAACUGGGACCGAAUUGCUUUCCUUUUAGGUUCACUUUACCACCGAGUGCACCUGCAUCUGUAACAUUACAACCAGGUUCAGACGAUGAAGGUCAACCAUGCGGCGUCCACUACUACGUGAAACUCUUCAUAGGAGAAAACGAAACCGACCGAACCCACAAACGUAGCACCGUAUCCAUGGCCAUCAGAAAAGUCCAAUACGCGCCGUCGAAACAAGGCAGACAACCGUGCACGGUCGUCCGUAAAGACUUUAUGAUGAGCCCUGGCGAACUAGAAUUGGAAGUUACUUUGGACAAACAGCUUUAUCAUCACGGCGAAAAGAUAGCGGUCAAUAUUUGUAUCAGGAACAACAGCAAUAAAGUCGUCAAGAAACUUAAAGCUAUGGUACAACAAGGCGUCGAUGUGGUACUGUUUCAAAAUGGCCAAUAUCGAACAACUGUUGCUAGUAUUGAGACUCAGGAAGGAUGUCCAAUAAAUCCAGGCUCCAGUCUUCAAAAAGUCAUAUUUCUAUUACCGUUGCUGUCGUCGAAUAAAGAACGUCGUGGUAUUGCCCUCGAUGGUCAGCUGAAGAAACUCGAUACCAAUUUGGCAUCGACAACACUAUUGGCUACACCAGAUCAAAGAGACGCAUUUGGCAUAAUCGUGUCAUACGCGGUCAAAGUCAAAUUGUAUCUUGGUGCGUUGGGUGGUGAAUUGUCUGCCGAGUUGCCGUUUGUUUUGAUGCACCCAAAGCCUAAUGGUAAAGGGAUACUGGCAAAAGCGGAUAGCGAAGCUGACGUGGAAAUGUUUAGACAGGAUACUGUUGCUGAACCAGAAAUAGAAGGUGAAAAAUGUGAAUGAAGGAUUCUAAUAAUUUAUUAUCUAACUAUCAAAAAUACUUAAAAAUAUGCAAAUAUGUACAAAAAAAAAUUGUAUUAUUUUUUUCCGUUUAUCAAUACACUACAGGGUGUCCCAAAAAGAUACCGACAAACUUUAAGGGGUAGUAGGGGACAUCAAAACAAGCAAUUUUGUUUAUAUAAACAUAUGUCCACAAAUGAGCCAUUUGGGCUGUAGAGCAAAAAAACUGUUUGGUACUUUUAUUCUUCGCAACUCACUGUUUACUUAUUAAUUUUGCUUUAUUAAUAAAUAAAUUAUGGUUUACAAUAAUUGUUCAAAAUGUUGACCAUUUACUUCAAUUCAAAGAUUGCACCGUCAGGUCAUUGACUGAAAAGUUUAGUCUACGAAACACCUGUUCAUAAUGACGAAAAUCUGUUAGCAAGGAUAUUGGCGAGUUGUACCCAUGUAGAAGCUAUUUCCGGAAUAUUCCGAUGACCCGACGGUGCAAUCUUUACAUUGAAGUAAAUGGUCAACAUUUUGAACAAUUAUUUAUUUGAACUUCGUUGACCAGUCAGAAACAACUACUCCGAGGGCAAAUACCCCUACCGGCGUUGAACUACACUGAUUGGUCUGAGCUUUCGUUGGCAAUGGAAAUUGUUAGAAAUAUUUUUUCAGGUAAUGACCAACGUGAAUACAGGAACACUACGGUCCCUGUUUGGGAAUCGGCCCACUGAGCAGUGGACUCAGGCUUCCCGUGCCAAUCCUUGACGCGUUUCGUCCUUGUUAGGACUCAUCAGAAGGACAUAGGCUGAAGCUCCCUGUCCAAGCAAAAUUGAACUUCGUUGACCAGUCAGACCAAACAGGGACCGUAGUGUUCCUGUAUUCACGUUGGUCAUUACCUGAAAAAAUAUUUCUAACAAUUAUUUAUUUGUCAAUAAAGCAAAAUUAAUGAAUAAACAGUGAUUUAAUUAUUGCAAAGAAUAAAAGUACCGAACAGUUUUUUUGAUCUACAGCCCAAAUGGCUCAUUUGCGGACAUAUGUUUAUAUAAACAAAAAUGCUUGUUUUAAUGUCCCCUACUACCCCUUAAAGUUUGUCGGUAUCUUUUUGGGACACCCUGUAUAGAUAAUUGUGUUCCCUUAUUAGGAAUUAGCUUAGAUUUAGAAAAAAAAUAUAUUUUACACCUAUCUUGUAAGGUUCUUUAUUUGAUUAUAUUGAAAAUAAUGUAGUUAUAGUUAUAGUGAUGCUAAGGAGUUUUAUUUUUUCCUAAUUUGGAAUAAUUUUUUAUCUGGAAAUGAAAAAAUGCAUUUAUUUGUCACUCAUUUGUAAAACGUCACUUAUCAAGUCAAAACAUAACCAGCGAAAAUUGAUUUUUACAAGCUACUGGCUCUACUGACUUGUAAAAUUGACAGCUAAACUGUAAAAACUUUUUACAAGUCAGUAGAAUUAUUUAUUUUUGAAAAAUCGGUUUUAUCACAAGAAUAAUUGCUUGUAGGUACCUUCUGGGAGACUUUUCUGGUGAUAAACUGUUGGCUACGACUGAGGCUUCAUUAAUAAUAUCUUGUAAUAAAUUCAUUUCUGGAAAAAAAUUGCAAAAUGGAAAUCUGUCAAAAAACCUAUUUAUAACUAGAAACAACGUCUUAACAACGUAUCAUUCUCAUAGUUAUACCAACUACCAAAACUUCUGUGAGAAAAAAUCAAGGAAAAACAUAUAAAUUUCAAAUUUUUGUUAUGUAUUGAUUUUUUAUUUGUCCCUAUAUCUUUUACAAAUGAGUAACAAAUAAAUUAUUGUACAUUAUACGCCAGGUAGCAGUUUUUACUGGCUCUUGAAGGUGACAAGCUCGCCUGGCGGCUCGCUAGUCAUUUCCUUCAAUCGCCAGUAAAAACUGUUUUACCUGGCUAAUAAUGUAAAAUACUAUAAAUUUCCUUCAAAUAAUAGGUCACUUUCUUUUUCACGUGCCGGGAAUAUGACAAAUUAAGAUAUUUUUUGACGUAGAUAGGGACUUAAUUGCAACAGAGAAUGAACAGUAUUUGACGCUGAAGCCGAUAUUCAUGCACUUGUUAGGUCUGUUCUCACCAUUGAGUUUCUCACAGAAAUCACAAACCAAACAAGUCAGAGCGUGUUGGAUUGGUGCAAAUCGCCAACCAACAGUUUUCUGACUGGUUUGUGAUAUCUGUGAGAACAGACCUAUAGUCACGUUAAAAAUGCGAAAUUUCCAUUCAACCAACAUGUUAGCAUGGAUGGCACAUUUUUUCUAUUAGUUAGGUACUCUGUUUCCCGUUUCCAUCAACGAUUUUUAGGGCCGAAUUUGUCGCUCCUUGAGGUUUUCCCUGAGCCUAAGGAAGCCUUGAAGGUUUAGAAUUGACAUGACCACAUGACCAACUUGUCAAAUAGUAGGCAAGUAUCUAUUCUAAACUCACGACCCCAAGGAAGACUCAAGGAACGACUAUAAAUUUGGUCCUUAGGGAAGCCUUCAAGGAUAAGUAUUCGUUAAAAUGGAAGUUUUCCAUAGAGAAAUGUUAGUUUAAGGAAUACUUAUCGUUGAGGCUUCCCUUAAAUAGGUAGUUGGUGGAAACGUCCAUAGUACAAAUUGAAUUUUUGAAAUUUUGGCAUUUUAUAUAGGUAAUGAUGUAACCAAUACAUAUAUACGUAUAUAAAUCUAGAACUAUAUUACAUAUUAUUAUGUAAUGCUUUGUUUCUUCUUUUCUUAAGGUUUUUUUAAUGAUCGUAAAAAUUAACAUUUAUCUCUAUUCCUAAUGGUUUCUAGAGACACAGAUUUUAAGAAAGAUUUGGCAACUUGAAGACAAACAUUAGGUUCAUAUUGUACUAGGUACCUAAGAGUUCACUGAUUACACCUUUCCUUUAUUUUUUUAUAGCAUAGUUAAGGACGCAAAUAGGUUCUCGGUAGUGGGAUCCGAGACAUUGAAUAAGUUUAGUAGGCUUAGGCUUCAUAGUACAAUACUUAAUUGGACGCAGUCAAUGUUUUGAAAUGAUUUACUAAUGAGAAAUUCGGCAUCCUCGCGUUUUUGGGACUCUAAAGUCACAGUCCUAGCCCGCGUUUACGCAGAAGUUCCAAAAAUUCGAUUUUCAAAUAAAAUUAUUU